AUGGGUGGCAUUUCUCGUAUGAUCAAAGCUGAGCUAGGCGAAGAUACGUAUGUUCUGCCCUUGAUGGUGGGCAGUAAUAUAGCCGAUGAUAUGAAGAACGGAUUCUUCAUGCCUGUGAAUGACCAGGUAGAUCUGGUGUGCGACAUGGUGAAGAAAGACCCCAGACUGCAAGACGGGUUCAAUGCAAUGGGAUUUUCUCAGGGUGGACAGUUCAUGAGAGCUUAUAUACAACGAUGCAACACACCAAAGGUACAUAACUUCAUAUCCGUUGGGGGUCAGCAUCAGGGUGUGUUCGGUAUGCCCAAGUGCACGGGACAGAACUUCUUCUGUGAGGAAAUGAAGGUUCUUCUCAACGCUGGCGCUUACCUACCAUUUGUGCAAAACUAUCUCGUUCAGGCAGAAUACUGGCACGAUCCGCUCCAAGAGGAGGUGUACAAGAAGUCCUGCGUGUUUAUGCCAGAGAUCAACAAUGAACUGGCCGCCAAAAACCAGACAUAUAGGGAGAAUCUGCAGUCUUUGAAUAGAUUUGUUAUGAUUAAGUUCACGAAGGAUACCAUGGUUACGCCACCAGAGAGUGAGUGGUUUGGAUUCUACGCACCCGGCCAAGAUAAGGAGAUCACGACUUUGAAAGAAUCUGAUCUGUACAAAGAGGACUGGCUCGGUCUUCAGGAAAUGGACAAGAACGGCCAAUUGGUAUUCCUCUCAGUGGAAGGGGACCAUCUUAGAUUUUCGCACGAGUGGUUUGUAGCGGAAAUCAUCAACAAAUACUUGGUGUGA